CAUGACAUGUCGACGUGGCAGCGAGACGGAAGUUGCUUCUGUUCCAUCUUCAUCUUACCCCCCAUCACGGGUUCGUUUCUUCACCUUCCCGUCGUUGCCGCUGCCGCCGCCGCCGCCGCCGCCGCCAUCGUCGGUCAUGCUACCGUUUGGGCGCUCCAGCGCGAAACCCAUAAUGACGGAACGAUGCGGAUCUAAACUGGGGCCCGCUCGGGGCGCAUUGCGUCAAUCCUGGGCAGACUUUUGCCUCAUGUCAACUUCACUGGCCGCUAUCGCAACCGCUGUGGGCAUGGCGGGCUCCCAGCAGGCGGGAUGGAGGGGCACCGGGCCCAGUUAAAAAUUCACAAAGGGGGGUGCCCGAGGUAGGUUCGAUGGAGGCUUGGGAGGGAUGGAGGAUGGCAUGACGCCCGGUUACGGGCGCAGGUGGUUCUUGCACGGAUAAUUAGUAUGGUCAUCAUCCUAUCCAUCGUUUUGGUAGGACAAGUGGUUUGACGGCGACGGCGUGUGGCGGCUGGCCCCCGUGCCCGUGCGCUCGGCAACCUGACAUAUGCAGAAGAGAACCUGAAGCCUUCGAGGGACGCACAGGUCUCUAACAAACAGGGCGCCCGGGCACUCUCUUCCCGAGGCGGCACCUACUUAGGUACAAUUCAUUAGUACCUCCUGUCUAGCG